AAAAUCUAAGUGCAAUAAAACAAACCUGAUGUCCUUCCAUUUUCCUUAACUCUUAUAGCCCUGAAGUUUUAGUGUACAACUGAAGUUUUCAAACUGGGAGGCAAGCCUACUCAGAAAUUAUAGUCAGUUUUGCAAAAUGGAAGUCCUUCCUCAGCUGUACUCAAGACAUGGGCUGUUUCCCCAUCAAAAUGGUGCCACUUCCAGCACAAACCUGGAAGGUAAUAUGUGGCUGUUAGGAAGGAGUGCUGGAAUGCAUUAGUUUGGUUUCACUUUUGGUCUGAAGAUACAUGAAACAAAGCUGAAAUUAAGCAAGUUUCGUUUGGUGCUUCUUGAAGACUGCUUAGGAACCUGGGAAAUAACAAUCAUACUUGAAGCAGACCCAUUGAAAAUGGACUCAUUACUUGAGUUCACUGAUUUCAGUGGGUCUGCUUUAACAUUGAAUAUCCCCUGUGUGUGUUUGUUUAAAUGUGUAGCUUGCUCUUUAUUUAGGAUGGCAGGGUGGGUUACAAGAUAUUAACAUAAAACAACAAUCAGUAAAAUCUUACAAAACCAUUGUUAACUAAAUUGUCUUAAAACUAUUGCUCCCAUCAUUUAACAGUUAGACACUAUCAAACUUCCAUAAGGGUCUGAGCAGAGAUGCUUUUAGUUGGCAAUGACAGGUAAAUGAGAUCUGUGCCAACUGCACUGUAGAGGAAGGGGCAUCUCCAUCAGCUGCAAAAUUUGUGCCCCUGGUUGCAGCAAAACAAGUUUGAGCAACACAUUUGGGCAAGAAAUUUAAAGUCAGAUUUGCCCCUAGAAGUGGUCUACAUCCAGUAAUGCGUGUGAGAAUUUCUACAGAAUUUCUACAAUAGUUUACAUCUCCUGUGUGAAGCCUUUACUGCAUGCCACUUCUAAAUCUUGGAUGGCUUGGUUGUUUUGACCAUAACCUGGGCAACAGGUUUCUAUGGAUGUCUCAUUUUGUUCCUCUAGCCUUUCUUCCAGUAUUUGUUUGGCGUUUGCUGUGUUUUCUGCACAAAAUGAGCUGCGUGGGGAUGGCGUAUUCAUUAGCAUUUGCCUUUUACAAUUCAAUCCUUAAUCUCUCUGAUGUUAUUGCUGAACGUAAGGUUACCUGGUUCCUAUUCUUCAGAAUUUUUUGAAGACCAAAACAAAAAACAAAAACAAAAAACCUGGAAACUUAAGUUUCUAUGUCCAAAUGCAUAUGCAAACCAUGUGAAAGGCACAGGAAUCGUACAUUUUGAAUUGUUUGUUUAUAUUUGUAGAUCACUACACAAAGCAUUUUCUAAGGAAUAAAAGAACAGGUCCCUACCCUCACUUGGAUGCUAGGCAGAGGUGUUCCUAGGAGUUGGCAGAACUGCCCCCUGCUGGUGUUCACUAUGAAGUGUAUGAUGCUACCGGUAUAUAUGUGACGACAUGCUCGCUGUCGCAGUGAGAUCAAACACGGGAAAAGCCACAUUUCUCACACCAUAACCAGUGGGCCUCAGAUCCACCAUCCCUGAUCCACAAUAUGCGUGGCUUCUCCCAUAAUUCCAGGCCUCAAAGCCUCCUAGGCUAUAUGCACAGCAGAAAAAGACCACAACACGCGGCAAUUUCAACGUUAUUUCUAAGAAAGCUUUAAAAUCUCCUCCUGGAAGGCGGAGUGCGAUCUCGCUCCAGACGGCUGGCAAGCUGCCAUGGCAACGACGUGACUGCAACAGGGGGUUGGACUAGAUGACCCUCAGGGUGCCCCUUCCAACUCCAGGAUUCUACGACCCAAGCCGAUCGACGCAUUCACUGCUCGACAGCGCUCCCUCCGGCUGCAUCCAUUGCUCGGUGUGUGAUUGAGCUUCCCUUCCCAUGGAAAGCCGGCCCUUCGGAGGCGAGCGAGCGCGGUUGGUUUUUGCUCUGCCGUCGCAUUGUGCGCGCAAGCAGCGGUCGCUCGCGCGCGCUUCUCCGUACGCUUUAUGACUCUCUCGGGCACCUGUAGGGACUCCUCAAGCGGCUGAGGAGGGGAGGGAACGACGGCAGCUGUGGCUGCUAUUAUUAUUAUCAUAAGGCCGUUAUUGAGGUGAAAACGAGGCCGGAAGGAAGAAACUGACUGGACUCCCGCGGGUGACGUCACUGCCCGGCAUAGCCAACCCCGAGCGACGCCGCGCCAAAUUCGAACGGCGGCUGGCGGGACAAACGAGAUUGGCCGGCCGGCUGGCGCGCGCGCGCGGGCUUACGUAGAAUAGGCGUGCGGGAAGACCGGAGCGCUCCCGUCUAGGUUUGUCCUUUCAGUAGCACCGUCUUCCCCGGUAGCGUCGCACCGUAGCCGGUAGGCAGCUUCCAUGGCAACCCCACCUAAGCGGAGCCGGGCCGAGAGCGGCAUCAAGAAGAUCGCCAUAGAAGGCAACAUAGCUGCUGGGAAGUCUACUUUUGUGAAUAUUCUCAAACAAGCCAGAGAAGAUUGGGAAGUUGUUCCAGAACCAGUAGCAAGGUGGUGCAAUGUUCAGAAUUGUCCUGAUGACAGUGAGGAGCUUACUUCCUCUCAAAAGAGUGGUGGCAACUUGCUUGAGAUGAUGUAUGAGAAGCCAGAGAGAUGGUCCUUCACUUUCCAGACUUAUGCUUGCCUGAGCAGAAUCCGGGCUCAACUCAAAUCUUUUGAUGGGAAACUCAAAGAAGCUGAGAAUCCCGUCGUCUUCUUUGAGAGAUCUGUUUACAGUGACAGGUACAUUUUUGCAUCUAAUUUAUAUGAGACGGACUGCAUGAAUGAAACCGAGUGGACUAUUUACCAAGACUGGCAUAACUGGAUGAACCAGCAGUUUGGCUCAAGUCUCCGGCUGGAUGGCAUUAUUUAUCUCCGCGCUACCCCUGAGAAAUGCUUGAAUAGGAUUUAUGUGCGUGGGAGGGAUGAAGAACAAGGCAUUCCUAUGGAAUAUCUGGAAAAACUUCAUUAUAAACAUGAAAGCUGGCUCCAGCACAGAACAUUGCGAACGGAUUUUGAAUACCUGCAAGAUGUCCCUGUUCUGACACUGGACGUAAAUGAAGACUUCAAAGGCAAGAAAGACAGGCAUGAAGAUAUGAUUGAAAAGGUCAAAGAAUUUCUGAGCACUUUGUAGCCAUUCCCGAAACCACUCCGAACUUGAGCAUUCCUGGCAUUCAUAUUGCUUAGUUUGCGUUGCCAAUUCGGUUUUUGCUUCAGGUGUCCUAGGGCAGAGUCCAGCUUUCGUUGCAUUGUUGAACCUUUGCAGUGGACUGGUUUUUAUAGAUUUAUAUUGCAUUUGGCUUUCUUAGGUGAAGUGUUUGGGAAGACCCAUACCUAAUAUUACAAAUCAGAGUUCAGGGACUCCUGCAAGAUACAUUCUGCUUGCGACAUAAACGAAAUAGGCGGAAUCAUUUACUUCUCUGGAACUGAAUUCGUGGAAACCUGUGUGUGAACGUGGGACCUCUUUGUGCACACCCACAAGUUGAUUGGGAAAGUUCCAAGAGCAGUGGGAUUAUACUAAAGGGAUACUGUUUCUGCUCACCUAGUAUGCAUGUGUGGUUAGGAAGGGGGGCAUAGGGCCUGCAUUUUGUCCAAAGCGGUUUGUGUGUGUAAAAGGUGAUGCUUUUUUUUUUUUUAAAGCCAUAUGCAAACCAGCAAAAAGCAACAGCGUUGUAGUCAGGUGUGUGUUUGUCUAGAAAUUAAGGCAGUUCUUAAAGGCAAUCCCUGGGCCCCGCUGCUGUUUUCCAAGAUACUGCUUUUGCCUGCUUCUGUAGAGAGACACAGCAAUCCUACCAGGUCAGGGAUGGGGAGAGAAUCACUGAACUGAAAACAUGGCCGAAUCCUGCAGCCUCUUCUUUACUUAAAGCCAAGGCGCUACAUACAGAAAACUAGAGGCAAGAACAUGCCCAGUAGGAUUCCUCCCCUCCUCAAAUGUUUUAAAUGAAUUAUUUCCUAUGGGGGUAGUGGUGGGAUGGGGCCAUUUAAUGACUCCUUGCUGUGUUCCUGAAUUGCCCCGAAAAGUGGUUUGUUUUAAACAUUCCCUUUCCCAUCGGGGCUGUUUGAGGGAAGGGGAGAAUGAGUGGGCAUGUAUACAUACAAAUCUCGUACGCACUAAUAAUGGGAGUGUGAUGUUUUAUGAAUUUUGCAUCCCUUUGGAUCGACAGGAAGGGAACCUCUGGAAUAACCAUGGCUUGAAUUUUUAUUCUUAAAACUGAAUUUUUUAAAAUAUUAAAAGUUACAAAGGAUCAAACCAAUUGUGUAGCCCUCUUGAAAUAUAUAUUUAUUUUUAAUGCAAUGUAUUACUGUCUGGAUGUAGUUGGCCUCAAGGUCAUUUUAGCAUCUGAAGAUUCUACAGUGUUCGCUCUGUGAUCUGUGUGAUGAAUGUUGGAAACUUUUGGCUGAAAUAAAUAUAGAAGCGCCUUCA